GUAGUUUUUUUUAUUUUUUACUUUGUUGGUGUCAGUUAAUAAUAAUAAUAUAUAAUCAACCGGAAUGAAAACUCCUAAAAAUGACGCACACAAAAAACAAUUAUACCAUUGAGGUAGACAAACAUUUUCAUAAAAAAUAUUCAUAAAAUGAAAACUACUGGGCAAACUAGAAACUAUGUAAAAUUUUUAUGGGACCAAAUGGCAUCUAUUCCGCAUCGAGCUAAAGAAGAAGUCCAUAAAUCGGAUCAUAAAUCUCACAGUAAUCGGUACAUACAUAAAAAAAACCGAUCGAAUUAUAAUUAUUUAUUUAAUUUAAUUAAUUAUAAUACCUUUUUGAAGUCGGUUAAAAAUAAAUGGCAACACUCUUCCUGUAUCCCUCCCAUAACUAAACUUUGCUGGAAACUGUACGUCCGUAACAUAGACAGCGAAAGCUAAAUAAAACCGUUUAAAAACACUAAUUGCCGUAUUUAUAAUAUAACGCUUUAAGUUAGCAGACUAUUAUGAAUAAGAGGGUAUAAGUCACGUCAGCUUUAUCGAAGAGAUAAUGAGCGUUUUAGCUCUAAUAUGCGAUUAUGAAUACCAUUUUUUAAGAAGCGUAUAUCAGCGAUGUUUUAAAUCUCCGCUAAGUCAUUAUGUAUAAGACAGUAAUUCUUUGACUUUUCUUAUGAGUUUCUAGCAACAGGGAAGGCAAGCGUACGUAACACCUUCACAACAAUGUUGUUAUCAAAAGAUUAUGCGCUAUGAUAUCAAUUAUUGAUUGAAUUGAUAUACAACGAUAUCUCGGGCUAUCUCGGGAUUAUAACUCGUGUGUCGAGCGCACAGUUUGGACGUGGUUUGGCAACAAUGUCAUUAUCUCGAGUCUCAAGCCUUGAGCGCUCUGCACAUUAGACACUCGGUACCACAUCGUGGUCGACGCCAAAAACAAGUAGCUGGGCUGUGAUGAUGGAAGCCGUUGAGGCCAAAGAGUUUCCCAUAGAGGAAGAGUACAAGAAGAAUCAUGGAGUGACGCCGGAAGAUGUGAUGGUGCUGAGGAAAUGGCUUCAGACCCAACCACAUCUACCCGAGCAGCACAUUACAGAUCUGGACUUGGUACUGGCGUAUCAUAGCUGUAACAGGAGCACUGAAGUCACCAAGCAGACGCUUGACCUCAAUUUCACUUUCCGGACCAAAAUGACCGAAUACUUUCAGUCAAGAACACUGGACUCUAACAUGACGAAAAUGAUGAAUGCAGUAGUAAUGACCCCGCUGGGAGGGCGCUCGCGUGACGGUAACGCGGUCUUCUACUCGGAGCUCGUCAACACGGACCUCAGUGCGUUCAGCUGUACGGAUGGCCUCAAAGCCAUGCUGAUGAUUAUAGAUCUGUGGCAGUACGAGGAAGGGACUUGGCCUGCGUUGGAGUUAGUCAUCAAUUUUGCGAACUAUACAUUCGGCCACAUUACCAAAAUUGAUCUACGUAGCCUUCAACUUAUGGCGUUUUAUCUUCAGGAAGCCAUACCAUUGAAAGUAAAACAUAUACAUUUGAUAAACGCAUCGUCAAUUAUCGAUAGGUUGCUCGCUAUGGUGAAACCGUUUCUCAACAGUGAGCUGCUGAACUCUAUACAUAUAUACAGUGACGGAAUUGCAGCCCUUCACAGCUACAUACCUGCUCAAAUUUUCCCGAAAGAUGUCGGCGGGGAAUACAAAACUGUUAGCGAAUGCAAAGAUUACAUAUUGAUGAAGCUUAGGGACAAUGCCGCGUUCUUCGCAACAGAGAGCAAAAAGCGCGUGUCGGAGGAGCUGCGUCAGAACGAGCAGCGCUGGGGCCGAGCGAACGAGCAUCUUGUAUACGGAUCCUUCAAGAAACUCGACAUCGACUGAUACACUGUUUAGUAUUUGCACGCUGCGGCCGAUCGAGCACCGCCAGUCCCGUGCAAACGUACGUCUCGCAUACGGAUUCCUCAAGGAACUGGACAUCAACUGACAUACUUCUCACUGUCGGUUGUGCGACAGUUGAAGGGGGGUAAUAUGUUGGCUAAAAGUGAGGACUUUUGGGUUGAAUUUUCUGUGAUUAAUUAGUAUAAAGUUAUAACAUUUAUAUUAAAAUUAUUUUCAAACAUGUUGAAGUAGUCUAUGUCUUAUGGACUGAGUGAUUUACUCGGGGUCAAUAUAUAUUUAUCAAAUUGAUCAAUAGACGAGAACACAGUGAUAGUCAUAGAUAAUAUAUCAUAGUCUAGAUAGAGCAUCUUACUGUUGGGCAACGCCAGUUAACAGGCAAGGUUUAUAACUUUAGUGUACAUGACAACUACCUCUUACAUCUGCGAUUUGUUAAGCACUUUGCUUUAGUGUGCGUGUAUUCGUGAAAUAGAGCCUUUUAGUUGGUCGCUAUUUUUUCGAAGUGUUCAAUGCUGUCACAGUCUAUCUAUACGUAUAUAUAAUCUAAGGUGAUAAUAUCUUUUGGAGUGAUUAAAUUAUUCCUAAGGUCUCUUACCCGUUUGGCUGAGUCCGUUUGCUUCCUCAGGUCAGCGUCAUAUUUCCAGCACGAUAGCUGAUCUUUGUCUUAGCUUGACGCAAUGAAUACCACAACUAUAUAUAGAUAUAAUGUUAUGUUUAAAAACAUUUCCCCCGUUUCCCCUGUUUUCUAGAUUAAAUUUUUAAUUGUAUUUCUGUACUUUGUUUAAUUCGUUGUAUAUUGUAUUGUAAAACAUAUCUGUUUUUUAUUUAUU